AUGGCGGAGGGGCAGGAUGUCCGAGCGCCCGAAGCGGCGGCCUCGGCGGUGAUCACUGUGGGGUCUGGAGGUGACACGCAAGUGGAGGUUCUCUCUGCAGCUCGGUCCCCAGAUGCCCCGCAGCCCGACUUGGGGGACUCGCCAGGGAAGCGGAAGAGAGUAGAAACGGAAGAGGAGGGAGGGAAGGAUGUCCCUCCUGCCCGUCCAGAGGCCAACGUGUCGCCAUCAGCAGGCGAAGGGGAGAAGGUCGAGGCGCCCGUGGAACAGACGCCGAGGCAUCCGUUGUGGAAGACGAGCCUCUGUACUUACUUCCAACGUAAUACGGGGCCCUGCGUGCACGGGAGUGCCUGCCGGUAUGCUCACGGCGAUGAAGAGCUCCGCCCCAGGCCGGACAACUCUUGGGAUCCAAAUUCCCAGAGGGCCAAGAAGCUCAAGAGCGAAGAGAAGUUGAAUGGUAUCGCUGGUGGUGGGGAGCAUCAGGGCGGUAGCCGUGAAAUCGGGGAACUGGAGGACACCCUAGGGUGCUCCGAAGAAGGCGCCACAGCACUCGAUAAGUGCCUUAUUGGACUUCCAAUGAGGUGGACUAGUGAUAACUUGAAGAGUUUUCUGGAAAACCAGGCAAGGGAUCUAAGUGCAGUAUUCUUUCCUCCCCGAUCGAGUGAUCUCUUAUUAUGUCAUACUUAUAUGGAGCAAGUAAUGUUCUUCUACAGCCAAAAUCCUCCCUUCAAGAAGACUACUCUGAAAUCCAACAUACAUGGUGUAGCUUUAUCUGUGAAAGAACAGCUUGAAUGGAUUACGCUGCACUGUUUGACACCUGUCAUUGAAUCAAUGCUUAUCUUUCUUUCGAUGCCCUUUAUUUUCCCUCCAACUACAAUAUAACACCACCCAUUCAAAAGAGAAUGAUGUCGACUCAUGACUUUAACCCUGUUACGACGACCACUUCAAAGCCACUAAAUAGGUUGAAAAAUAAGUGUUGGUCUCCUAGCUGACGGUUACAAAAGGAGGAGAUUCUGAUCCAGAAAACUUAUCAUUUAUUCAACAUAACAGUUUGUUAUAGUUGGUGUGAUACAGGAGAAUUCCGAUGUUUGACUGCACUGCACCCUUAAAAUAUAGCAUGAUUUCCUCAACCUUGACGUCAACAUAUCAGAAAAUUCACUCAAAUGUCACCCUCACAAUAAUCGUCUUUCUCUGCGUUUCUAGCCACAUACUUGUCUCAUGUAUCUUCAUUCAUAAAGCUCGAUUCGGAAAGACAAGGCAACUCUAAUCAAUUUUAAAAGUAUAUUUUCAUUAAACUAGUUCUUCGUUAGAACCUCAAAAACUUUCAGAGUUGUAUGGUUGGCUGUCAGCCUUUUGCCAAACUUUCAUUUGUCGUACCAAAUCGCAACAAAGAGAAGGUAGUCAAUGAAGACUGCUUUCACAUAGUGUCAGAUAUUCUUAGUUGAUGAGACACUGAUUAUUAACAUGAUAUGACCAUUAUCUGUAUAUAACUAUCCGAAAUAUGUCUAGAUUGAACUAAAAUUUAAAAAAUAUAUAUCAUGGACAAGAAUUAGCAUUGUACUACUUGUCCGAAGGCAGAGAAAGUUGGAACAUACAAAGUGCCUCAUUAUCAUUUUUUUAUCCACUCGGACACUAUUGUAUGGGGGGCUUUUCUUCAGAGCCCUUGUUUUAUGAGUGAGCCUCAACCAGCAUGGUAUACUCUAGUGCUCUUUUAUAGGUUUUUUUUUCUCCAAUGCUCAUUGUUGCAUAAACUUGAAUACCCACUAUUUAUUUUUUACCUCGGGUACCACCUGUUUUCAAAGCAUCUUUUUAAAAAACGAUAUAUCUGAGCAUAGCUUGUCAUUCCUCCUUUUCAUGUGUCUGUGAUCAUUAAUACUCUUGUUGGCUGAUAAUGAUUUGUGAAAUAAUAUAUGUUUCUAAGCUCAUUACUUUGUUUUAAUUGGUAGGGAGUUUCCUAUAAAACAGCAAAAAAGAAGAAAGGAAUGACUGUGGGAUUUGUCAGCUUUUCAGAUCUGGAGCAGGUCAAAUCUGCUAUUCAGGUAUCAUUUUUGUUACUGAAGUCUAUUUUUUACUUCAGUUUGCUAACGAGUCAUCACCUUUUCGUCCUUUGAAUGGUAGGAGUUGAAUGAAAAAUCUAUUGGCGGAAAACAAGUGAAGAUUGCUGAAGUUAAUUGCAGAGUUAAUGAGAAACAGUCUUCAGCAGUACCUGAUGAUAAAAUAUGUUUUCCAUUUGCUGAAUGUCAGCUUAACCAAGGUGUUUCAGUCCCAUCCGAUGUGCUUGGUCAUGUUGUUGACGAUGGCAACUCUGUAUCAGAAAACUCAUUCACAAAAACAAAAAGUGCUCGUGAUGUAGUCACUCCACUUGCUAACAUGCUCUACAGUGAUCAACUGGAGCACAAGAAGAAUUCAUUGCUACAGACUCUUAAAAGACUAGUGAGGGCUACUUUCUGUUUCAAUCAGAUUAUUGGAAUUAAGCUAUUUGAGUUACUUCCACCAUGACAAUGAAAUACCCUUUGGAAUUUUAGUCAUUUUGGAAUACUCAUCAGCUCGAUUGCUCUCAAGAUAUUAAACUGAUGAACUUUUUUCUGCUUUAGACUCGUAAUGCACGUAAGGCUUGUCCCAAUGAAAUUUCUCUUCCGGAUUGGAUUCUUAAAGCCAGAGAAAUUGGUAUGUUCUUUUAGUUAUGGUUUAUUUUUCACAGUCUAGAUUUUUUUGCAUGUUUCUGUUCUAGAAUUAACUAAUUUGGUUUUGGAAUAUUAGGAAUUCAACUUCUGGUUCUUUAUUUGGUUUCAAGUUUGAGAAAAUGUAGUAGUUAGGAACAAACUUCACACUCUAGGUUUAGUUGGAGGAAGGAAAAAUGAGAAAACAAACAAAUAGGGAAUGACUUAAUCUCUCAACACUGUAAAUCCUCACCUCAAUGUCUGAAAUAUAUAAAGCUUCAUCACUAUCCCUCUACUCCGUUGGGCUCCUGAGGUGAUCAGUGGAUGCUAGAUCCACUGCAAGCCUUCUAAUUUACUCUCAGAACCGUGUGUGCUGAACUUUUGACAUCCCUUCCUCAGAGAAUGUUGUGGCCAACUGACCUAUUAUUGCACUCUUGAAAAUUAUUGGCAUUCAUGUUUUCUCCUUUCCUUUAUUGACUGAUAUGGCUAACCAUGAGGAGGCUUUCAGUGUACUCGGUAAUACCACUUUCAUUGAUGUGGCUUCUUCCUUCUUUGACUGGAAUUUGGACUUGGUUUCUCUUCUAUUGAUUGGGGUUGAAGUUUGGUACGCAUAUGUUUCUGCCAAUUUAAUAGAAGUUUCACCCGGAAUGCAUCUUUGUUGCAGUCUUCAUGGGUUAUUUCAUACAGUGUAGUGUCAGGAAUGACUACACAUGCCCACUUAAUGUUUGCCGUUGCUUUUGAACUCAAGCAAAAGUUUCGUUGUAAUAUUUAUAUUUGAUGUGACACUCCUCUACGGCACUGAUGGACUAGAAGCAGAGGCCUAAUUGGCUCAAUUUUUUUUAUUUAUGGGGGCUUGAAUAGAUACAAGGCUGGCCUGGUAUAUGAACACAGUGGAAAGCAGGCACGAGCUCACCCUCUGCAGUCUCCCUAUACCUGAUUGCUCCAUGCUGUAAGACAUUGUGGCAUGAGCCAUGUCCACUUGUGGCGGCCUCUCUAACCCCAUUGCAUACCUGUGACAAGUUCCACCGCAGUCUUGCAAUACAGCUGGGUGUGGGCUUGAGGAAAAAUGGCCAGGGUCAGGGUUGAACCCUCACAUUGGGAAUUACCUGCCCUUAUAAGAAAUGGUGCGCCCAGGCAAGUUACCCAGCCUGAGCCUGGCCUGCCUGACCCAUCGAUACCCCUUGUCCUCCUUGAUUCCGUUUUAGCUUGUGAUUUACAAUAGACAAAAAAUCUGAUAGUUGAGAUUUAACCAAAAACGAAAGAGGAGUAAUGCUGAUCUGCUUUAGGGGAUAGGUUGCAAAUUGUUUUCGGAAUUGUAUCUAUUGGAGAUUGGAGGAAAAGCAUCAUAACUUUAUUGUUUUUCAUCUUAUGAAUGAAGUUCUCUUGUAACUUGUGGAUGUUGCAAUCUCUAACUUAGUGCUGUCUUCCCCAGAAAGAAAAACAUUGUUACCUCCAUUUUAAACAAUAUCUUAUUAAUGUUUUACUUUGUCAUCGUUUUUGGAAACACAGUAUCGGUAUUUUAAAAAAAUAAUUUAUCAUUUUUUUUCUUUUUAAAUUUAGGUGGACUGCCCUGCACAUUGGAAGGAAUAAUAUCAUCGCCAAUUACGCAGGGUUACCGCAACAAGUGUGAGUUCUCUGUUGGGUAUUCACCUCAGGGCAAAAAGACAGUAGGGUUUAUGCUUGGAAAUUUCAGGUCAGUUACAGUUUUACCUCAUACAUAAAACAGUUUUUGCAUCUAUUAAAAAUUCAUUGUGGAAUUUCAGGGAGGGUAUCACAGCAGUUAUGGAGCCCGUUGAUUGUCCAAAUGUUUCUGAUAUUUCCUGCAAAUAUGCUUUGCUGUUUCAAGAAUUUCUGCAGUCUUCAGAUUUACCAGUGUGGAACAGAAUUGAUAACACUGGCUUUUGGCGUCAGUUAACUGUGAGCUUUUCUUCAUCUAAAGCUUUUUCAUUCUAUCAUAAUUAUCUUGGGAAUUUAUUAUUAUUAUUUUUUAUUAGUUGUCAUCGUCUUGAACAUUUUUCGGAGGUUUGCUAAAGACCUUUUCCCGAUGUUCUACAGUGGUCAUGAUGUAGUUACCGCUUGUUUGAUAUUUGUUAGUUUUUCUAGAAGAUUCUUGAGGUUCUUUUAGGAUUGCUGCAUAAAGUAAGCAUCAGGUGAUCAUAUUUCAUUGUUAAUAACACAAGGGGGAUAAUACUUGAAAGAUCUUAUGUUAGGUUCGGGAAGGAAGGAAUCCUCAUUCUGCCGCUCUUGAUGAAAGUGGGAAGCCGAAUAUUGCAGAGGUCAUGCUUAUUGUUCAGGUUCGUCUAUCGUAUGGAAGGACUAAAUCUUACGGCAGAUCUCUUAUUUCCUGGUGCAAGUUGUAUCCUUAAACCUAACGACACCUCCAAUUGAACUGAUGCUCCAAAGAAGCACAGAAAAUUACUGGAAAUAUUGAUGUUAAAGUAUCCAGAAUCAAGAUUCCUUUUAUUUAUCGUCUUUGAAAAGUGAUCAUAUUAACAUUUUUCCGUUUAAUUUUUAAGUAUUAUUGCAGAACCAUGUACCUAUGUCAUUCUCCAUAUGCUUUUCUUUAUUAUGUUUUACAUUUGGUAAAAAGGGCAUUAUCUGAUUAUAGGUGAUGUAGUCUGAAUUCCUUUUCAGCCUUAGGAAUUUCUAUUAAAAUGGGUCCCAAUCAACAUAAUCUCCAGAGGCUCAAUGACAGUUCCAAAUGACAAAAGAAGACUUGCCAUUUUAACCAUCCGAUUUUUGAAAAGGGGAGAGACCUUUUUCAUCUUUUUUCUCUCUUUUUCAAAAGUGGGAUGUGGAUCUGUUUGGGGAAAUUUUAAUACUUUCAUUUCCUUAACUCCCUUUUUUAGAAAAAAAUCCUUACAAUAUAUAAUACACUUCUCUCUUUCCUAGAUCUUUUCCGCUACAAUGCUGGCUCUGGCUCCUUCUACUAUCCUUGUCGUUCUCCCCCUCAUUCUAAAGGCAAUGAGACGUAGCCUGGGAAGAAUCACAGGCUUCGCUUCUUCCUCAUUGCCGUUGUUUGCUGGUUUAGUGAGGAAAGAGACAAGCACAAUGUUGAAUCAUCUCUCCCUUCAUGGCCUCAUGAGAAUCUAGUCUGUUGGGACAUCUUUCCUCCUGGUCCCUCCCUUCAUUAUCUCAAUUGUUGAUUUUGUAAUUUUUUUACUUUAUUUCAAUUGUGUUCCCAUUUCUGCUUUAAUAUAUCUAAUCUUGCUUUUGAACAGAAAUAAAUAGUUUACUGUUUGAUUGCAAGUUCCAAUAAUAUUUCCCGUAUUUACAAAAAUAAUGCCUUGAAAUAAGAGUGAGUAUAUUUGAAUGAGGCUUUUCUACAACUGUCGAGGAUUUUCGUAAGGCUUCCCCUAACCUAAAGAUUGAAGAGAAAUUUAUUUCUUUAUGCAUAUUUUCCUUUUUGAAUAUUUAUCUUUCUACUAAUAACUAGGAGUGCUGUUGUCUUUUUGUUUCUGAACUGUAGUUUUGGCUCCAAAGAGCCUACGCUUAUAGUGUAAAUUCAUCUUGGUACAACUUGGUUCAAUCUGUACAGGUUUGCACAUUAGGUAUCGAUGAUGGAAUAAUAAAUGGUGAGUUUGAGAAGCUGAGUGAGGCACUUGUCCAAGGAGCAUCAGAAUGUUCACCUCCACUACCUCUGACGUCAUUGGUUGUUCAGGUGGAUUCUUGUUAUUUAUCUACGCUCAGUCCGUGUAUCUCUUGUUAAUAUGUGCUGUUCCAUUCAUAGGAAUGUUUCUCUUUUUUUUGUCACAAGUAGAGAUCCGUUUCCCAGUCUUUAGGCUAAAAGAUCAACUUAGUGGAACAUUCUUGACUUGGUUCAAAAUAAAUUCUUCUUUGGGAUGGAACACAGUUUUCUUUGACAUGACCCUGUAGUAUGACAAAUGGCUGAGAUUCCUUAAAAUAACUUUUUUCAUUUAAUUACGGCACAGAUGAUGUGGGAACCCAAUUCUUUAUAAUCAUCUUCAUCUUCUCCCCAAUAUAGCAUGAAAUUCUUGCAUCAUUACUGAUCACAUUUUCUCCCAUAAAUCAUGGGGAUGAGGAUGAUAACCAAUGUCUAGGAUAAAUAUUAGGAAACAAGAGAAUCAGCAAUUAGCAGACUUCUUCAAUUGCUUUCAGAGUGGUAACUAAUAAGAUCAGAGGUAGAUAUAUGGCAUUAGAGAUGAGAGAAGGUAGCUUUUUCUCAUAUCAGUUAUUGAUUUGUAGCUGUUGGAUGUUUUGACAACAUCAUUCCACUACAAGUAAGAAUUAUGUGUGGGGGAGCUUUCAUGGGAGGCGUCUGGUAUUUUCUAUAGCUUUCAUAAUUUGUACAGUUUGUGUGCCAAGGAGAGUGGUUCUUAGAAACUAUGGCUUAUUGGAUGCUCCUUUUAGAGCACUGAGUAUACAAGAUAAGCACCUAAGCAAGUUAAAUGAUUUGUGAUUAAGAUGGGCUGAUGUUAUUCCAAGGGGAUUAUAUGACAUGUUGGCCUAUCCUUCAUCCAAACUUCUUUGUUAUUCGAAGUGAACGAGACAAGCUUAUUUUAAAAGAGAAAACAACCCAGCUGUUAUGGUUUUUUAUUGGAUGUGUUAGUGCCAAAAAGUGCUUUUAUUGAGGAAGGAGCUGAUCCUAUUUUGUGGAGGUUGAGUUACUGAUAUGGUUUGCGCCAUGUUGGUGUACAGUAUGGGUUCUGUACAGUUGUUCAUGCUUUCUUUCAUUUUAUUUAAUGUCUGUGUUACUGUACACCACGCCCCCCCCCCCUCCCCCCCAAGAAAAAAAAGUCAUGUUGGUUGCAUGCGUUUUCGUGUAAUUAAUGAGAGUUUGAUGACAGACAGGAGUAAAAAUAAUAGUUUAGUGAUGAAAUGGGCUCACAUGGGAAGUAAAUAUUAGAAAACCAUGUCAUUCAAGAAAGAAUGAGAAGAUAUAGCUGAAGCAGAAAUAACAACAAGCAAAAGAUGAAAGCUGUUACUUUUAGCUCGAACUAGUUUGGAGCUGCUAUGUUGCAGGGCUGGUGACAGAUUUGUAUUCUGUAUCCUUUGUUCUGUGUUUGUGUAGGAUUGUGUUUGAAUUUCAAAAGAUGAAUUGAAGAUAAUCACUAUAAUGUGCAGCACCGAUCAUUGUAUCGGCAAUCGAUGAUUCUUAUUUUUAUUUUUCUUCAUUUUUUUUUCCUAUCAUUCUUUUUCUUGCCUUCUUUUAGUCAAAGUAUUUUUUGUUCUUUUCUAGAAUUGUUUUCAUAUUUAGUUCAAAGGACAGGAUAUAGAAAGAAACGCCCCAAGUAUUGUGAUCCAAAUCCAACAUAGAUCUGGGUACGGGCCAUACUUAUUAUGUACGACGAUGAUUUUGAGGUGGAUCUACAUAUUAAGAUAUGGAAUUUUAAAAAGGACGCUAUUUUAGAUGUCUAUGCAAGAUCAGGUACACCUGCUGUUUAUAUCGCCUAAAAAGGACCCAUUUAUAUCUUUCUAUUCCUCAAUUGUCGCCAUUGUCAUAUCCUGCUCUCUCUUCUCCCCGCCUUCUCAUUCCUCCCUCAUGUACUAAGUUUGAAAUAUUGCUAUAUUUUUCAGGUAAUGGAUUCAUCCUCAUUGGACUCUUUUUUUCGUAUUUUCUUUCAUCUUUGAUGUAAAUUGAAAGAAAAAUGCUUAAUCUAUACAGGAUCACAGAGGGAUAUCUAAUGCUGCACCAGCUGACUGUCCAUUACGUCUGCUAAAAAUUCCGAAUGAGGGGAAGACUUUUGGAUCGGAAGAUCCAGGAACCCCAAAAGCAAGAAUUCAUGAUUACAUAAACAAUCUUCGAUUUAGCAUAUCGCCAACUGCUUUUUUCCAGGUAGGAACCUAAACUUUCUCCAGCAAGAAAGUUAUUUUAUUAAACGCACAUUUAUUAAACGCCUAAAGCAAGAAUUUAUUCGACUUUGCAGGUUAACACUUUGGCUGCAGAGAAAUUGUACUCUCUUGCCGGAGACUGGGCAAAUCUCUGUUCGGAUACAUUGCUGUUUGAUGUAUGUUGUGGGACAGGAACUAUUGGGCUGACUUUAGCCCACCGUGUUGGUAUGGUAAUAAUAUUCAGACACCAUAACUGCCAACUAAUUAUCAUGUUGCUCUUUUCUUGAAGUCAUAAUGUUCUUGAGUCUACUUUUUACUGAAUUGAUUUUGAGCUGUGGAAGGAGAUUUGUUCAUUUCUAUAGUACUCUGUAUUUUUUGUUGGAACGUUUCACAUGUAUUUACUAUCAAAACUUACAUCAUCCUUCAUCUGACUCAGUCAGAUAUGUAUGAUCUAAGUUUAAUUUAGGGCUGAGACUGAGGACUUUGUCCAACUUGCAUGCAUCAUAGAGAUUGGAGUCACCUUUAGCUGACUCCAACUCUCUUGCAAUUUCUUGUUACUUGCAGUUGCUCCCAAUCACUGAUCUACUUCAAUCUUUCAUCCCAUCCCCAUCCUAGCAACUAAAAAAGUGUUUGGAGGAUUGCAUUUACAAUGAAUAUACAGAGUCUAUUUUCAGUGUUUUUUCUAAUCUUUAUUGCAUAUUGUACGUUUUUCUUCAAAUUCUUUAAAGAGCCUUUAUAAGGCUGGAUUUCUGGGUAUGCUAAGUUGGAACCUACGUCAAAACGGGUAAACCUUGUAUGAACAUUUGAGCACAAAUCCAAGACUUUAUUUUUCAGGAAUAUGCGUCAUAACUUUUGUUGAAGUUUCUAGGAUUGUUUUCCUUUCUAUCUGUUUCUUUUUCAUUGUAUUUUUAUCCUUUCACGUCAUUCCCUUUGUUAAGUGGAUUCAUUAGACUGUCAACGGAUCCACCUAAAGACUAAUGUAAUGGUCCUGGCCCAUUAACUCAUGCAACCCAUACUUAAGCGUGAAACCAUGAUAAUUAACGAAUUCAUUUUGGAUUGCGCAAACCCUGCUCCAAGAAGUGGUGGCUGGUUCAUCUUCCUGGAAGAGGAGGAUCGUGAAGAUCGACUCCUAGCAUUCUCCAAGUUGCUCGAAUCUCAAUCAAGAUCAGUUGUCAACAACUUUCGUAAUACAUCAGUCCAUCUUCAUGGAAAUGUGAUCAAUAUUCUGGUUUGCUAAUUUGCCAUUGAUGGUCAUCUUAAGCCUCUUAUAUGAUAUCACAAGAUAGGUGAAAGGAGUAGGUUUUGAUCAGUAAGCAUUACUCAGAGUAAUUAUAUUGGUGUAUAACUGAUUUCUAUGCACGGCUUCAAGCAUGAAGCGAUCUAUGGUGUUGAUUCGUUUGGUAUGCUUUGAUGAAUCAUUUACUGUUGUAUGUCGAAUAAUCCUGUAUUGUCUCUAAUAAUUGUUUUACCACAUAUUCUAAAUUUAUUAUUGAGCUAAUUUUCUGAUCAAACUUUUGCAUGUCUUUUCAGGUGGUUGGCAUUGAAAUGAAUGGUUCAGCAGUUGCAGAUGCUCAGAGAAAUGCGGAAAUCAAUGUCAUAAAAAACUGUAAAUUUGUCUGUGGAAAGGUAUAGCAUCUUUUCCUCGCUUGUAUCAACUCCAUAGUUCUGUUAUUUGUAAAUUGGACUCAAUUGUUUGCUGUUUUAGUUGUAUAGUAGUGACUGGUGACAGAGUCAUGUCAUCUAAUUAGUAGAAAGUACAGGAUGGGGGAGCAAUUUACGCAACUUCCCUUUGCCAUGCACUUCUUUCAACAUGAUCACUUUAGAAAAUUUAACAUCUUUGUUAUGACAUCUCUCAUGACUAUCUGUCGUGGCAGUCUAAAAAUUCGUCAUUUUCCUCUCUCAACCAAGAAUCUCUGUGCAAAACUCCAAUCUCAAUUCUCCCAUCAUUCAUUAAGCAUUCAAACACGCUUAUUCCCAGUACAAAAAAUCUCCUUCGGAUGGCAAUUGAUGUAUCAUGAUGUUUGGCUAGAUCUGCACGACUUUUUAUUUGCUUCUAUUGAGGCAAAACCAACCAUACUAGUCCAUAAUGCUGGAAAAUAACAACCUAGAUGGAAACGACCCUUGGAAUGUAUUAAUUUACAUGUUCUAACCAUAAUGGCGUCAACUUUUUAGUGAAGAGUUUUCCAUAGUUCUAUACCCUUUAUUGUUAUGUGCAAUGGCUAGUGAGUUCUUUUUUCGAAAUGCACAGCUGUCGACUUUUUGUAUCUCACUUUUCAUUGUCGAAGCAUUACAAACAACCUGUGCGUACACAUUUCAAACAUUAAUUAGGGCAUGCUGCCAUUUAUGUUGAAUCUGAAUUACGCAGAGAUCUAUGCAAGGAUGCUCUCAACUCAAGCAAUUGCUAAGGACAUCAGCUGUUUGUUUCAAGUUUAGUUUGCGCAUUCAAAGUGACCCAUCUGACUGAUUUUCAUAAGGCCUUCUAAAAUGCUCAUGAUUUUAUCCAUAGACCUCUGGUUGGUUGAAGAAGCAUUUUCUUCGUUAGAUUUCACAAGAAAGUAUGUUUUAAAUAGCUUUAUGGUUUAUCGGAAUUUUGUGAAUCAUAUUUUAUAUGAUUUUGAAGGCAAUCCGCAAUCUCACAUACUCUCCAGGAAACCAAAGAUCACUCAAAUUAUUUGACCUCUAAUCUAUUAUCCUCGAGACAUUCAUCUAACUAUAAUCUACCGAACUGAAUUGCUCAAAACGUGAAGAAAAUCUACUACUAGUCCUGCAUAGAAGGUCAGAACUUCGAUCUUUAAAAGAAAUGCUGAGAAAGUUGAACAUUAUAUAGUGUUUGAAACCAUGAUUCUUAACGGAAUGUCAACAUUGGGGGUGUCAGCUGUCAGCAUUAUUGUUUGAAUCUCUAACUUGAAGGGACAAUGAUCUGUGCCUGUUUACAUUGUUCUUUUUGACGAAAUAUUGAUGCAUUCAAUGUCUACCCUUUGACAUUGUCGGCAACAGGCAGAAGAUGUGAUGGGAGCUCUACUCAAAGAGUACGUCGAUAUGCCAGAAGAUCAUAGUAAUGUUGAGAUUCAAGAAGGUAAUGUUAUGAAUAUUCCCUUGCUUACGUUCUUAAGUGAAUAACGUCGCUAAUAAAGACAUUUCUUUCUUUAUUCAGAAAUUGUUAAUACGAGGGUUACGGGCUCUCAAAUUCCUGAUGAAACUGAGCUGCUGCACUCAUAUGAAGGAUCAGGUUGUGUUAUAGAGACAUUGGAACAAAAUCAGCAGAAGAUUAAUGGUGAUACAAUUGUUGAUAAAGUAUUAAGCAAACCUUCGGAGGAGGAUUGUCAAGUUAGCCGCAAUCCUGAGGAGAAGAAGGAAGUCGGUUCCACUUCUCCACGGCAGUUUCGGAAUGUUGUCGCGAUUGUUGAUCCACCGCGUGUUGGACUUCAUCCAAAUGUAAGUAGCAUGCAUCUCGGUACUCUAUUUGGUUAGAGUCCAUCGAUUGGAAGUUGCAUGAGAAAUGUUUCUGUGGAAAGUGUUGCCAGCAGUUUUUUUCAAAGUUUUCUGGAAGGGCGGGUAUACUUUCUGAAAAAGAAAAAUUCAUGCUGGAUGAGUUCUGUGUUAAAAUAAAUUACACGGUUCCGUGGCCUUGGUUCUCGGUUCUUGCUGCUGUGCUCCAGAAAAUCGGAAUUGGCUCAUGAUGUGAAGCUCUAACUGCCAUGAGAUGCCCUUGACUCGCCUCCCUGGAAAUCUAGGGAUAAUGAGUGAUAAUCUCUCCUUUACCUACUUCUGCGUGCGGUUUUUAACUUGCCCAGCAAUUAGACCACCCUACGUUUUUCGUCAUUUAAAGGAUUAUACGAACAGUGCUCUGAUUCUGAUGGGUCCUGCGGAUUUCAGGUGAUCAAGGUUCUUCGGACUCAUCCUCGCUUGAGGCGUCUCGUGUAAGUUCUCUCUCUCUCUCUCUCUCUCUCUCUCUCUCUCUCUCUCUCCCCCUCUCUCUCUCUCUCUCACUCCGAAUGCCCGACUUUUACAUCUCUUACAUUUUAUGCUCUUGGAUGGGGGCUUUUGUUUUAUCCACGUGCGUGAAUCUAGUCUCGAGUUUCCAUCUCCGCAAUUUCGUUUCUGUCGGCAGAUGUUCACUGCCCGCCCAUUCUGUUGCCUUUUCUUUCUCUUGCAUGCGACCAGGUAUAUUUCAUGCAACCCGGAAAGCAUGGUAGCCAAUGCCAUCGAGCUCUGCACCCCGACCUCAGAAAAGCCGCAGAAAGGGAGGCACAGCAGCAGGGGAUGGAGGAAUAUGAGCAGCGCGGGCUUGGCGCGGCACAGGGCCAAGUCCAUGCCCAAUUCGGAGCCCUUCAGGCCGGUCAAGGCCGUGGCCGUCGAUCUCUUUCCGCACACGCCUCACUGUGAGACGGUGAUGCUUCUCGAGAGAUGA